CAUUUCACAACCACUUCCAUCGACCUCGAACCAAUUCCUUUGGUAUCGAGCCUUCAACAAAUAAACUACCGAGCCGGUUGAUUCAAUCGACAAUCUCCCUCGUAUCAUCGAUUACACCACCCAUCCAACGCGACGACAACACCCCCAAAACAACAACAACCUCUGACAAGACCGCAAAGAUGGACUUCGAGGCCCUCAUGUCCCAAGAAAUCUCCAAAUCCAAACCCAAAAGCGGCAGCAACAAACCCACCUCCACAUCCUCAACCACCACCACCGCCCCCGCCCCCGCAAAAUACAUCUCCCGCCGCGAAGCCGAAGAAGCGCGCCGCGCCGCCUACCUCGCCGAGCAGAAGGCGCUGGAAGAAGCGCGGGCGGGCAAGGCGGCCGCGAAGCGGCAGCGGGAGGAGGAGGCCGCGCAGGAGGCGCGGGCGCGCGACGACAAGCGGCGGCGGCUGGCGGAGGAGUCGCGGGCGCGGCGCGAGGCGCGCGAGGCCGAGGAGGAGCGCGCGCGCCGGAAGCGGUUGGGCCUGCCGGAGCUGUUGCCUGCUGCCGCUGGGGAUGGGGAAGGGGAGGCUGGGGAUGGGGAGGGGGAGGAUUUGGAUGGGGAUUUGGAUGGGGAUGAUGCGGGGGAUGUGCCGGAGGAGGAGCUGGUUGCGAAGUUGAGGGGGCUUGGGGAGCCGGCGGUGUUGUUUGGGGAGAGCCAUGCGGCGAGGCUGAGGCGGUAUAGGAAGGCUGUGAGGGGCGGGGCGCUGGCGGCCGCUGCGGGACCGAUCGCGACGACACUGCUGCCCGUUGAGGAAAAGGACAUGAAGGUUCCCGACACGGUGCCGCCUGCUUCGGAUAAGAAGGCCCGCAGGCUCCUCUUCCGGCAAUUGGCAUCUUACUUCAACAUGAUUCUGCGGGAGUGGGAGUUGGCGCUGGCGCGCGAGGACAACGCCGAGACCUUUGCCGGACAAGCGGCGCACAGCGCGAUGAUAUCCAGCAAGGAGACGAUGCGACCCCUCUUCCGCAAGUUCGAGCAGGGUGACCUGGACGAGAGCAUCCUCGAGGCGGUCAUCGAGAUCGUCAAGGCGGCACAAGAACGGCGAUAUGUCGAUGCCAACGACGGGUAUCUACGCCUUAGCAUUGGUAAGGCGGCGUGGCCUAUUGGUGUUACCAUGGUGGGCAUUCACGAGCGUAGUGCCCGCGAGAAGCUACAUGGUGGUGAAAGGGGUCAUAUCAUGGGCAGCGAGGUCACACGCAAGUAUCUACAGAGCAUCAAACGGUGCCUGACCUUUGCCCAGGUUCGCUGGCCGUCCGAGGAUGUCCGCCAGUUGAUGGGGUGAGAGUGGAUGCUAGAGAAACAAGCAGAAUAGUGAUACCCAGCGAAUCGAACUUGCACUCUUCAUGGCUUCCAAAG